UGUCAUUGCCGAAGGGGACGAUGUCUCACUGCAGCCGCGCCGCCGCCCGCCUCCUGGGCCGCUUCCUCCGCCUGCAACAGAAUGGAGUACGACACUGCUCCUACUCGGCAUCAAGGAAAAAUCUGUAUAUUAACAAAAAUACAAAGGUUAUUUGUCAGGGGUUUACAGGCAAACAGGGCACCUUUCACAGCCAGCAGGCAUUGGACUAUGGCACCAAUCUAGUUGGAGGAACUUCUCCAGGGAAAGGGGGAAAAACUCAUCUGGGUCUGCCUGUGUUUAAUUCUGUGAAGGAGGCCAAAGAACAAACUGGUGCUUCUGCCACUGUUAUAUAUGUACCUCCUCCAUUUGCUGCAGCUGCGAUCAAUGAAGCAAUUGAUGCAGAAAUACCCUUAAUUGUAUGCAUUACUGAAGGUAUUCCCCAGCAGGACAUGGUUCGGGUUAAACACAGACUGCUUCGGCAGGAUAAGACUCGACUAGUGGGCCCGAACUGCCCUGGAGUCAUCAAUCCUGGAGAAUGUAAAAUUGGUAUCAUGCCUGGUCACAUUCACAAGAAGGGAAGAAUUGGUAUCGUGUCAAGAUCUGGAACCCUGACAUAUGAAGCUGUUCAUCAGACAACACAAGUUGGAUUGGGGCAGUCUUUCUGCAUUGGGAUUGGAGGUGAUCCCUUCAAUGGAACUAAUUUUAUUGACUGCCUUGAUGUCUUCUUGAAGGAUCCUCAUACUGAGGGGAUCAUAUUGAUUGGGGAAAUUGGAGGAAAUGCUGAAGAAGAUGCAGCAGCAUUUUUGAAAGAAAAUAAUAGUGGUCCAAAUGCCAAGCCGGUAGUGUCGUUCAUAGCGGGUCUGACCGCUCCUCCAGGCAGGCGGAUGGGUCAUGCUGGAGCAAUCAUUGCUGGGGGAAAGGGUGGAGCUAAAGAGAAGAUAGCAGCUCUUCAGAGCGCUGGUGUUGUUGUCAGCAUGUCUCCUGCUCAGCUAGGUAGCACCAUCUACAAGGAGUUUGAGAAAAGGAAAUUGCUGUAAGAGAAGACACUUUGGAAUACGGUCUCCAAAACAUCAGUGCAGCACCUGGCCUCCGCUUAUCUUUUGUCUGCUAAUCUUCAGUUGCCCAAAUGACUGACACUGAUCUAUGAAUUUGACUUGGAAGCCAUAAACCUCCUGGCUAAAUCUGUUUCGAUGUCUCCUUGGUUCAGACAUUAUCACCUCAUUGUAAAUCACAGCAAAUUAAUAAAUCUACUACUAAAUCUGAUUCAUCUUUUGAAUUCCUGAAGCAGAGCCAUUUCUUCGAUCAUCAUAAACAAAAUAAUCUUUUGUAACUUAAGCACUGCCCAUUUUUAAGGUAAAGUCGCUUAUAGAGCUGCUUUUAAGGAUCAAGGCACUGACUUUAUGCACAUAUCACACUUCGCUUUAUUUUUAAAAAAUCCAGUCUUACUUGUUCGUUGCUGGCAAGUAUAUUUGUUUGAACAAUAGGCCAAAGUUUCCGUCCAUUAAACCAAAGCUGCUGGAUCUGAAGGAGUUGCUUGUUGAUCCACGUAGCUGGAUAUGCCUCAAGUCCAGACUUUCUUUUCAAGGCUGAUGAGCGGUGCACAGUGUAGUCCUCUACUGGCAAGGAAUUCUGUUUGUUGUGUGGAGAGAUGGAAUUUUUAUUCACAAAAAUGAAUCUGAUUUCCCAUGCAAAUAUAUAUUCAAAAUUGUCUGUAACUAUGAAAAUUAUUUGGUCUUUAGCUUACAUUACCUUAAUUUCCUCUUAACUAGGAUUGCAUUGCUUGUGUGUUCUGAAAUCCUAAUAACAUUGGGACAUAAUGGAGGAGAAUUACUAUUCUCUGGAAAAGAAUGUGAUAAGGUAACUUUCUUGUUAACCACUCCCAGCACUGUAACGGAAAGCCCUUUUUUUACUUUGGAAAUAGCCCAAGCACCAUGCCUAUAAAUGAGUGUCACAAGUUUUAUCAGAACGGACUAAAACCAAGAUUGCUUUCUUUAUGUAGAGGACUGAAAGUUCAUGUAACCUGGCACUUGUCUAAAGCUAACCUUGUGUUCCAUAAAUGUGCUGUUACGAAAACUUGUGUCGUUAUUUGUUUAAAACUGUUCUUAGUUUCCUUGCUCAAAUGCCUGUGGAAUUUCUCUUCCUAAUGCAAGCAGUAGGCAAGUGUCUCGAUACUGCCAUUUACAGUUCCUAGAGCUAAGCCCUGACAAAAUGCAUAGAAGGACAGGUCAUAUCUCCACUGCGCUGAACGUGUAUUAACACGCUUCAUAUACAGUCGGGCAUCAGUCAGAUGAUAUAGGUCUUUGGACACAGAGACCAGAUGCUGUAUUAUUCACCUUGGUAUGAUUUACUCAAAUGAACCUGACGUCCUGUCACUAGACUGCUGAAAGCAGUAUUGAGUGGCAAAUCAUUUGAUAAAGCCUAUGAUGACAGAUAGGAAUUUUCUUACUAGAUCUGCUCAGUUUUCUAGUGGUGCCUGAUUUAAUGCGGAGCAAAAAGACCGAGCGGUGCCCUUUAACUAGAGAAAUACCAGUGCUAACAUGUCUGUGUAAGAGUGCAAUUCUUCACCAGUGAAUGUCAGGAUAUUGCAGCCUGUCUUCUUUAUGAGUCUGCUAAUCAGAGUAAUUCAUCGUAGCAGUGGGCUUCUCCACAACACGUCUUUUGGGAUGGGUAAUGCUUCUUGAUGAAGUGCCUGAAUUUCAUCAUUGCCACCAGUGUUACAACAGAUGACCUUCCAGGACAACUGAGGUAUAGUAAGUUUCUUGUUAGGGAUUGCUCAAUGGAAGCUCUUUUAGAGGCACCAGCUACUUUAGAAGACAGCCAUAAACUCCAAUGACCGUUGUCCCCUGAGAAAGUGUUUCCUUGUAUCUUGAAAUUUGAGGAUGGGCGUACGAAUGCGACCUUGAUUCUAAUGUUUGCAGCAUUCAUCUGGUGCUGCACCGUAGCAGCUGCCUGGUUCUGUUCAAGCCUGGGCCAGCGGUCUGUACUAGCCUGGAACUGAGCCUCACCUAAGGAUGAGGAAGAAACCUGACCUUGUCUGAGAGAAAGGCUUAGUUUUCACAGUUUUCCUCUUGCUGCCUAAAAAUGUGCACUUGACAAAUAUUAUCAGAGCCUCUUACGUUGCUAAUGAGUGUCUCUUUUUGGAAAAUAUAUUCACAUCUGUUUAAUACCAUAUGUACUUGUGAAUAAAUAUUUUGAGUGAUCUGGAAAAUUGUUCAUUUAUUUUUUUUUUUUUUAAAGGCAAAAGUUAAGUUAGUGUUGACCCUUAAACAUCUUGCUACUUUAUAACUUAGUAAGUAGU